GAUGUCGGGACGGAAGAAGAAGGGCAAGGCUACCAAAGAUGGCCUCAACAUGACCGAGAAGCAGAAGCUACAGAGCGCCAAUGUGCGGAUCAUGGCACUCGAGCGCGAGCUGGUGAACCGAUCGGAGGAGACGGCGCGGGCGGCGGAGCAGAAGAAGAUCCUUGGCGAGGCUAUGAAGGAGGCGCGCGAGCUGAUUGAGGCAGAACAGGCGGAUCGAUUUGAUAUCAUGUCGGCGAUGGCGCGGCAGUACAAGCUGACGCAAGACUCGCUGAUGGACGAGAUCAACACGCUCAACGCCGAGCUGGUGGCGACCCAGGACGAGUUGUACCUUACGCGAUCGGCACUGGAAGAGACUGUGGCUGAGCGUGACAAGAUCCUGGCCGAAAAGGCGCCGAAGUCGCGCGGCUCAAGGCGCAGAUGGAGGACAUGGCCUCGUCGUUUGCCGUCAUGCUGAGUGACACGCUCGACUCCAUCUCCACCCGCAUCCACAAGGCCAAGGACUCGUACGAGACCCAGGCCGCCAUUCCCAACCGCAAUAAGCUGCUCGACUUUAAGCUCCAGCAGCAUCAGCACCAGAAGCACCGCCAGGAGCGCGCCUCCUCCUCGGCCCACCAAGACAACUGAGCCAAUUGAGCCAACUGAGCCAACUGAGCCAACUGAGCGCCAGUCGAUCCGAUGCGCAGCAGCCACCGACCAUCGUGGACAGGAGCAGCCAACAGCCAGCAAAGCAAACACGCGAGUUGAUGCGG